GCGGCGGCGGCGGCGGGGCCGCGCUCUGCUCUUUCACCUGCCGGGGCCGGCGCGGGCCGGGCCGAGGAGGCGGUGCCGCGGCCGCCCUGCCAAUCACCGCGGCGCCUGGCAGCGCCCCCGGCCGCGCCCGCCCGCCCGCUCCCUCCUGCCAAACUGUUACCCUGAGUGUUACCGGCAGGAGCAAUGACAUCAGGGCUUUAAAACAACUUGUUAUUCGGGGAGUAAUCAGUUGCAAUUAGGCAUUAAUUAAGUAUUAUGAAAGUUGAUUAUUUAAGUGAAUUCGGCUUUCGACUCUCCGACUAUGAGUUUGGGACCAAGGAGAAGAGAAUGGAUCUUGGAACAGCUGAGGGCACCCGGUGCACGGACCCGCCUGCAGGCAAGCCCGCCAUGGCGCCCAAGCGCAAGGGCGGCCUGAAGCUGAACGCCAUCUGCGCCAAGCUGAGUCGCCAGGUGGUGGUGGAGAAGCGAGCUGACGCCGGCUUCCACGCGGAGGGCAGCCCAUCGCGGCCCCGGGACCAAGAGCGCAGUGGCCCUGAGUCUGGGGCAGCCCGGGCCCCCCGCAGCGAGGAAGACAAGAGACGGGCAGUGAUCGAGAAGUGGGUGAACGGGGAGUACAGCGAGGAGCCGGCACCCACACCUGUGUUGGGGCGGAUUGCCCGUGAGGGCCUGGAGCUGCCUCCCGAGGGUGUCUACAUGGUGCAGCCCCAGGGGUGCAGCGAUGAGGAAGACCACGCGGAGGAGCCCCCCAAGGACGGCGGUGCCCUGGAGGAGAAGGAUUCAGACGGGGCAGCCUCCAAGGAGGACAGCGGCCCCAGCACCAAGCAGGCUUCAGGAGAGGCCUCCUCGCUGCGGGACUACGCGGCCUCCACCAUGACCGAGUUCCUCGGCAUGUUUGGCUACGACGACCAGAACACGCGGGACGAGCUGGCCAGGAAGAUCAGCUUUGAGAAGCUGCACGCGGGCUCCACCCCGGAGGCAGCCACCUCCUCCAUGCUGCCCACCUCCGAGGAUACCCUCAGCAAGCGGGCGCGGUUCUCUAAGUAUGAGGAGUACAUCCGCAAGCUCAAGGCUGGCGAGCAGCUCUCCUGGCCGGCCCCCAGCACCAAGACCGAGGAGCGGGUGGGCAAGGAGGUGGUGGGCCCCCUGCCCGGCCUGCGGCUGCCCAGCAGCACGGCCCACCUGGAGACCAAGGCCACCAUCCUGCCCCUGCCGUCGCACAGCAGCGUCCAGAUGCAGAACCUGGUGGCCCGGGCCUCCAAGUACGACUUCUUCAUCCAAAAACUGAAGACCGGCGAGAAUCUGCGGCCCCAGAACGGGAGCACCUACAAGAAGCCAUCCAAGUACGACCUGGAGAAUGUCAAGUACCUGCACCUCUUCAAACCCGGGGAGGGCAGCCCCGACAUGGGCGGGGCCAUCGCCUUCAAGACGGGCAAGGUGGGGCGCCCCUCCAAGUACGACGUCCGGGGCAUCCAGAAGCCAGGCCCCGCCAAGGUUCCGCCCACCCCCAGCCUGGCUCCCGCACCCCUCGCCAGCGUGCCCAGUGCCCCCAGCGCCCCCGGGCCAGGGCCAGAGCCUCCUGCCUCCCUGUCCUUCAACACUCCCGAGUACCUGAAGUCAACCUUCUCCAAAACAGACUCCAUCACCACGGGGACCGUCUCCACUGUCAAGAACGGACUGCCCACAGAUAAACCAGCCGUCACUGAAGAUGUAAACAUUUACCAGAAAUAUAUUGCCAGGUUCUCGGGCAGCCAGCACUGUGGCCACAUCCACUGUGCAUACCAGUACCGCGAGCACUACCACUGCCUUGAUCCCGAGUGUAACUACCAGGGAGACCUGAGGCCAGCACCUGGCCCAGGUGCUCUUGGCAUACGGGAGGAAGGGCGGAGGGGGAGCUCAGGCUCCUGCCCAUGCAGCGCUGUCUCCUGGCAGAGGUUCACGAGUAAGCAGGACGUGAUCCGCCACUACAACAUGCACAAGAAGCGCGACAACUCCCUGCAGCACGGCUUCAUGCGCUUCAGCCCGCUGGACGACUGCAGCGUCUACUACCACGGCUGUCACCUCAACGGGAAGAGCACCCACUAUCACUGCAUGCAGGUGGGCUGUAACAAGGUGUACACAAGCACGUCCGACGUGAUGACCCACGAGAACUUCCACAAGAAGAAUACCCAGCUCAUUAACGACGGCUUCCAGCGCUUCCGAGCCACCGAGGACUGCGGCACAGCCGACUGCCAGUUCUACGGACAGAAGACCACACACUUCCACUGCAGGCGCCCCGGCUGCACAUUCACUUUCAAGAACAAGUGUGACAUUGAGAAGCACAAGAGCUACCACAUCAAGGACGAUGCCUACGCCAAGGACGGCUUCAAGAAGUUCUACAAGUACGAGGAGUGCAAGUACGAGGGCUGCGUGUACAGCAAGGCUACCAACCACUUCCACUGCAUCCGCGCCGGCUGCGGCUUCACCUUCACCUCCACCAGCCAGAUGACCUCUCACAAGCGCAAGCAUGAGCGCCGGCACAUCCGCUCCUCGGGCGCGCUGGGGCUGCCGCCCUCGCUGCUGGGCGCCAAGGACACGGAACACGAGGAGUCCAGCAACGACGACCUUGUCGACUUCUCCGCCCUGAGCAGCAAGAACUCCAGCCUGAGCGCCUCCCCUACCAGCCAGCAGUCCUCUGCGUCCCUGGCUGCCGCCACUGCCGCCACCGAGGCUGGGCCCAGCGCCACCAAACCUCCCAACAGCAAGAUCUCGGGGCUGCUGCCCCAGGGCCUGCCCGGCUCCAUCCCCCUGGCCCUGGCCCUCUCCACCUCGGGCCUGCCCACCCCCACACCCUACUUCCCCCUCCUGGCUGGCCGUGGGAGCACCUCCCUGCCCGUGGGCACCCCCAGCCUCCUGGGUGCCGUGUCGUCUGGGGCAGCAGCCUCAGCCACCCCUGACACGCCCACGCUGGUCGCCUCGGGAGCUGGAGACUCAGCCCCCGCGGCUGCCGCCUCUGUCCCGGCGCCGCCUGCCUCCAUCAUGGAGAGGAUCUCUGCAAGCAAGGGCCUCAUCUCGCCUAUGAUGGCCAGGCUGGCUGCAGCUGCCCUCAAGCCCUCUGCCACCUUUGACCCAGGAAGCGGGCAGCAGGUCACCCCAGCCAGGUUCCCCCCGGCCCAAGUGAAGCCGGAACCCGGUGAGAGCACCGGCGCCCCAGGCCCCAAUGAAGCCUCCCAGGACCGCAGUCUAGACCUGACUGUGAAGGAGCCCAGUAAUGAAUCAAAUGGCCACGCAGUCCCGGCAAAUUCAUCUCUUUUAUCCUCGCUUAUGAAUAAGAUGUCUCAGGGCAACCCUGGCCUGGGCAGCCUGCUGAACAUCAAGGCGGAAGCGGAGGGGAGCCCCGCUGCGGAGCCCUCACCCUUCCUAGGCAAGGCCGUGAAGGCGCUGGUUCAGGAGAAGUUGGCAGAGCCCUGGAAGGUGUACCUGCGCAGGUUUGGUACAAAGGAUUUCUGUGACGGCCAGUGUGACUUCCUCCACAAGGCCCACUUCCACUGCGUGGUGGAGGAAUGCGGCGCGCUCUUCAGCACCUUGGACGGGGCCAUCAAGCACGCAAACUUCCACUUCCGGACAGAGGGAGGAGCAGCAAAAGGAAACACAGAGGCUGCCUUCCCAGCCUCGGCUGCUGAGACCAAACCUCCCAUGGCCCCCUCGUCCCCUCCGGUCCCUCCUGUCACCACGGCCACGGUGUCCUCUCUGCAGGGGCCCGCUCCCAGCCCGGCCUCCGUACCCUCCACCCCCACCCUGCUCGCCUGGAAGCAGCUGGCUUCCACCAUACCCCAGAUGCCUCAGAUCCCAGCGUCAGUGCCUCACCUGCCCGCCUCACCCUUGGCAACGACUUCUCUAGAGAACGCCAAGCCCCAGGUCAAACCCGGAUUCCUCCAGUUCCAGGAGAACGAUCCUUGCCUCGCCACGGACUGCAAGUACGCCAACAAGUUCCACUUCCACUGUCUCUUUGGGAACUGCAAGUACGUCUGCAAAACGUCUGGCAAGGCCGAAUCCCACUGCCUGGACCACAUCAACCCCAGCAACAACCUGGUGAACGUGCGAGACCAGUUUGCGUACUACUCUCUGCAGUGUCUCUGUCCCAACCAGCACUGCGAGUUCCGAAUGCGUGGGCACUACCACUGCCUCCGCACCGGCUGCUAUUUCGUGACCAACAUCACCACCAAACUCCCCUGGCACAUCAAGAAGCACGAGAAGGCGGAGCGGCGGGCAGCCAAUGGCUUCAAAUACUUCACCAAGCGCGAGGAGUGUGGCAGGCUAGGUUGCAAGUACAACCAGGUGAACAGCCACUUCCACUGCAUCCGGGAGGGCUGCCAGUUCUCCUUCCUCCUCAAGCACCAGAUGACCUCCCACGCGCGGAAGCACAUGCGGAGGAUGCUGGGGAAGAACUUUGACCGCGUGCCCCCCUCCCAGGGCCCCCCAGGCCUGAUGGAUGCUGAGACAGAUGAGUGCAUGGACUACACUGGCUGCAGCCCAGGCGCCAUGUCCUCUGAGUCGUCCACCAUGGACCGGAGCUGCUCCAGCACCCCCGUGGGUAACGAGAGCACCGCGGCAGGGAACACCAUCUCCAUGCCGACAGCCUCGGGGGCCAAAAAGCGCUUCUGGAUCAUCGAGGACAUGUCGCCCUUCGGCAAGCGGCGGAAGACGGCGUCCUCCCGGAAGAUGCUGGACGAGGGCAUGAUGCUGGAGGGCUUCCGGCGCUUCGACCUCUACGAGGACUGCAAGGACGCAGCUUGUCAGUUCUCGCUCAAGGUCACCCACUACCACUGCACGCGCGAGAACUGCGGCUACAAGUUCUGCGGCCGCACGCACAUGUACAAGCACGCGCAGCACCACGACCGCGUGGACAACCUGGUGCUGGACGACUUCAAGCGCUUCAAGGCCUCACUCAGCUGCCACUUCGCCGACUGCCCCUUCUCGGGCACCAGCACGCACUUCCACUGCCUGCGCUGCCGCUUCCGCUGCACCGACAGCACCAAGGUCACGGCGCACCGCAAGCACCACGGCAAACAGGACGUGAUCAGCGCCGCGGGCUUCUGCCAGUUCAGCUCCAGCGCCGACUGCGCCGUGCCCGACUGCAAGUACAAGCUCAAGUGCUCGCACUUCCACUGCACCUUCCCGGGCUGCCGCCACACGGUGGUGGGCAUGUCGCAGAUGGACUCGCACAAGCGCAAGCACGAGAAGCAGGAGCGCGGCGAACCCGCGGCAGAGGGCCCCGCGCCCGGGCCUCCCAUCAGUCUGGACGGCUCCCUGUCGCUGGGCGCCGAGCCGGGCUCGCUGCUCUUCCUGCAGUCGGCGGCCGCCGGCCUGGGCCUGGCGCUGGGCGACGCGGGCGACCCCGGCCCGCCCGACGCCACCGCCCCCGGGCCGCGCGAGGGCGCCGCCGCCGCCACCGCAGCUGGGGAGUCCUCGCAGGAGGACGAGGAGGAGGAGCUGGAGCUGCCGGAGGAGGAGGCCGAGGACGACGAGGACGAGGACGACGACGAGGACGACGACGACGAGGACGACGACGAGGACGACGACGACGAGGACCUGCGCACCGACUCGGAGGAGUCGCUGCCCGAGGCGGCGGCGGAGGCGGCGGGCGCGGGCGCGCGGACCCCGGCCUUGGCGGCGCUGGCGGCCCUGGGCGCCCCCGGCCCCGCACCCACCGCCGCCUCCUCGCCCUAGCGGCGCCCGCGGGUGGCCCUGGCGGCGGCCUCGGCCUCGGGAGCGGCGCCACCCCGCGCGAAGCGGCCCCUGGGCAGAGCCCCGCGCCCCGCGCCCCGCCGGUGCUUCUGGACCCCGAGUCCGUCUCAGGACAGAGGCGGGGACCCCUCUGGUGCUCCGCGGCCGAGGACACAGGCGGCGGCGGUGGCCCUGCUUUAGGGAGGCCGGGUCUCUUCAGGGAAACAGAAGGUGCUCUUGUCCCGGGGUAGGGAACCGAGGAGCAGGGGUCCCGGGCGAAUGGGGCGCAGCUCCCGGCCGCUGCCCCGGCGCCCCUCCCCGCGGCCGAUUCGGCCCCGCGACCAUUGCUCAGGACUGGGACAGGCGCUGGGGGCCACCGGGACCCCCACCCCGCGCCACCAGGGCGGGGUGGCUCCUGGAGCCGCUGGCGGGGCCUCCCUCAUGCAGCUAGGAUCCUCCCCCCUGCCCAGGGGAAGACGGGCAGAAGGCGGUCAGCACGGGUGACACUACAGGGACCGUGGAGGAAGCCUCACGGGAGUAGCAGCCGCGGAGCUCCCGCUCAGCCCCACUCCAGGGCCCGGCUGCUCCCCCAGGCCUGGGUCGGGUCUGUUUGGUGACUCCCUAGCCCCAGCCUCCGCCCCAGGGAAACCGAGGCUGCGUCCAAAACCCAGAGUAGCCCGCUGGGGGCCGGGGCGGGGUCUGGGCCACCCUGGUGGUGCAAACAGGAAGGAUGCGCCUGGUUUUGGCUUUAAUGUUCAAAAUGGAAAAAAAUACAAGAAAGUUGUACAGUAUUUUUCCUGUAAAGGUUAUUAUUCUACACAGAACAAAAAGGAAGCAAGCAGGCGUGGUGAGAGUGCAGACCCGCCUGGGCCCGGCCUGAGGUUGGAGGCUCAGUCCCGUUUAUCCUGUGGGAUUUGGUCCAGCGUUUUUUGUAGAGGCCUUAACAGUUUGAGGCUGUCUGUCUUCACACUAGCACUGAUGGGAGCUGCGUGAUUCCAACUCUUAACUUGAAUUUUGUAGAGACAAGAAAAAAGGACUAUUACUGUUGAUCCAAGUUUGUAGUUAAUUUAACAUUUGAGUUCUCUCUUGGUGAUGCGUGUGGCUUUAUAGGGCUUUUUUUUUUUCCAGUUUGUUUUAUUACUUUGUUUGGGAUGCUUCUUUGCUGGUGCAGUCUACCCAGAUUGGGUUCCCUUUGCAAAACAUCCCCCUUCCUGGAGAUGAUGAGGCCAUCGAAGCCCGGGCCAGGGCCUGACCUGGCAGGCACACGCCUGGCUGGUGGCUCUGAGGUCCCCGGGGACCAAGUCCCCUGCAAGGGCAGGCUGCCUGAGGCCACACCUGCCCACCUUCCCUACUCCAGGCCACCAGCUGUUGUCAGAUUGGGCCACCGGGAGAGAACAGGCCUAGGAGGGAAUGGAAGGCUGGCGGGGAGGCUGUCACCCAGAAGCUUCCUCCCCAGAGGUCUCCAGGAGGAACCUGGCUCAACUGGGGGGCAGUGGUUUACUUUUCCCUUUUUUCUUCCUUUCUUUUGUCCUCUCGGCUGCCCACAGCCAGAAAGCCAGGACCACCCGAACUGGACAGGGAGCAGGGAGGCAGGAGUGGUCGCACGGAUCGUACCUGAUUCAACAGGAAAUCAGUUGUUUUCUAAAAGAGCCCCUAUCAGAGCCUCCUGAACUCUGUGGGCACCACGUGCUGCUGUGAGCAUCUGCCCAGACAGUGACCCGCCACAGGCCCCGGGCGUCUGUGGAAGGAGUUUUGUAAAGGAAAAAAAACACACACACACAAACAUUUUUUUCAAUGUAGCAAAAUCAAACUUAAAAAAAAAAAAAAAAGAAGAUGCCGACAGUGCGGAGUCUAGCCUUUUGUAAACUUCAUAUUGCACACUAGGACUAUAAGCCAUUGCUAGCUCAUUUUGAAUUUUAACGUGUAAUUUUUGUUUUAUUUUCUUUCUGUGGGGAAACAAUGCUUGAUCCACCAAUGCUCUUUUUAAUGUUUUAUAACUAUGUAUGUGUAUAUAUAUAAAUAUCAAAUAAUAUGUAUGCACAUAUGUGUGUGUAUAUAUCUAUAUGUAUAUACAUAUAUAGAUAUAUAGAGAUAUAUAGAGAGGUUUUGAGACAAAAAAAAUACAGAACGUGAAACCCGAACUGAACAGCGUGUGCUCUGAUUACUUGAAUCUGGUCUCCUCGGCACCUGGUUAUUAAGAACUGAAUAUUUUUCCACUUGAAUUUAGUGCUAUUAGAAAUUUAAUAUAUGUGUUUUAUUUAUUUGAUUUUUUUUUUGCAUGACUGAUGCAAGGUUUGACAUUUUCACUCAAUAAAAACUGGAAAAAAAUC